AUGCCUACAAACCUUUCUUCAACCCCGGUGGCCCCUUCGACGACCACCGGUCCUUCCUCUCAAUCCAGUCGACAGCAGGGUCUCCAGCCAUCGGCAACGUCUCCCGCGUCCUCGUCAUCCUCGAUCGCGUUUCCCACACUGCCCGGCACGUCCCAGCAACCAUCCGCCGCCGCGCCAUCAGACGAUAGCAACGGUUUCGAAAUGGCGCCAAUUACCGGCCAUCGACGGCGCAAGAGCAGUCUGAUGAACCCUGCCGGCCAUCUCCCUGCUCCCGGUGACCGUACAUCUUCGCGCAGUCCGCACGAUCGCCGAAAGUCUGGGAGCUUCUCGGGCCUGAGCGGCCACGAGCUCACGGCAGGCCCGGCCCACGACAGAGACGAUUGGAGCCAGGAGAGCUUCAGCGACGAGGAUCUGCACGAUGACGAGGAGCUGGGUCUCACAGCGCAAGACCGUGCCCGCAAGCAAAAGCAGCGACGGAAGCUCACUCGACUGGACCAGCGCAUUGCUCGAGAGAAGAACCUGUCGGUAGACGAGCAAAAAGAAGCAGACAAGAGCGUCAUGAGGCGACUGAUGAUAAACGGAGGGCUUAUACUGCUUUGGUACAUUUUCUCCCUAUCUAUUUCAUUGUACAACAAAUGGAUGUUUGACAAGGACCGACUCAACUUUGCCUUCCCACUCUUUACGACAGCCAUGCACAUGCUUGUGCAAUUUUCUCUCGCCUCUCUCGUCUUAUACUGUUUUCCUUCCUUUCGACCAUAUCGCAAACAUACUUCCGAUCUCGGAAGUUCGCGGCACGAAGACGAGCCCAAUUCGUCUAAAAUGUCGAAGCUGUACUACCUCACCAGAAUUGGUCCGUGUGGUGCUGCGACCAGCUUGGACAUUGGACUCGGAAACAUGUCGCUCAAGUCCAUUACACUCACUUUUUACACCAUGUGCAAAUCCUCCUCUUUAGCUUUCGUCUUGAUUUUCGCCUUCGUCUUUCGUCUCGAACAGCCGACGUGGCGUCUUGUCGCAAUCAUUGCCAUAAUGACUGCCGGUGUAAUUCUCAUGGUCUCCGGUGAAGUCGAGUUUAAGCUCUCUGGAUUUCUGCUCGUCAUUUCCGCCGCAUUCUUCUCCGGCUUUCGCUGGGGUCUGACACAGCUGCUGCUUCUCCGCAACCCGGCGACCUCGAACCCUUUUUCUAGCAUUUUCUUCCUCUCGCCCGUCAUGUUCAUCACACUGUUUGCCAUGGCUAUUCCCGUGGAAGGCUUCAGCGAGCUAUUUGAGGGCCUCGGUCGCAUCAGCCAGGAAUUUGGCACAUUCAUGACGCCAGUGUUUUUGUUAUUCCCUGGCUGCAUCGCAUUCCUCAUGAUAGCAUCAGAGUUCGCGUUGCUUCAACGCACCUCGGUCGUCACGCUCUCCAUUGCGGGCAUCUUCAAAGAAGUCGUCACAAUUGGCGCAGCCUCCCUUAUCUUCCACGACGAGUUGAGUCUCAUCAACGUUAUUGGCCUGCUCACAACACUCGUAGCCAUUGGCGCGUACAACUAUGUCAAGAUUUCCAAGAUGCGCGCCGAGGCGCAACAAAAGGUCCACGGCCCUAGUGAAAGCGACAAGGGGCUUUCUAGCUAUACCGGCAGCGACAUUGAUAACGACGACGCCAACGAAGAAUCCGCCGGACUGCUGCAGCAAGGUGAACCAAACGCACCGCUGCCUUCUGUUGCGGAGGACGAGCGAACGAAGUAG